CCGGGGCGGGGACCGCGGGCGGGCCGGGCUGGCGCGGAGCGGCUCCCGUGCGCACGUCCAGACCCCCGCCGCCAGCGGCAAGAUGUCGUGGCACCCGCAGUACCGCAGCUCCAAGUUCCGCCACGUGUAUGGCAAGGCCGCCAGCAAGGACAAGUGCUACGACUGCGUGCCCAUCACGCGCAACGUGCACGACAACCACUUCUGUGCCGUCAACCCCAGCUUCAUCGCCGUGGUGACCGAGUGCGCGGGCGGCGGCGCCUUCCUCGUCAUUCCCAUCAAGCAGACUGGCAAGCUUGACCCACAUUAUCCCAAAGUAUGUGGGCACAAAGGAAAUGUUCUGGACAUCAAAUGGAACCCAUUCAAUGACUUUGUAAUAGCGUCAUGUUCAGAAGAUGCCACAGUUAAAAUCUGGGACAUUCCCAAUCAGUUGCUAAAAAGAAACAUUACCACUCCGAAGAAAGAACUUCUUGGGCACGCUCGAAGAGUCGGUCUGAUUGAAUGGCACCCCACGGCUGAUAACAUCCUCUUCAGCUCUGGCUAUGACUACAAGAUAAUGAUCUGGAACCUUGAUGUCAAGGACGCUGUUCUUUCCAACCCAGUGAAGAUUCUUGACGCUCACAAAGAUGUGGUCCUCUCCAUGUCAUUCAACACAGACGGCAGUCUCCUUGCCACUGCUUGCAGGGACAGAAAGAUACGUGUGAUAGACCCUCGUGCUGGAACAGUCCUGCAGGAAGGAAGCUACAAGUCUCACAAAGUCAAUAAAGUCUUAUUCCUUGGAAACAUGAAAAAGCUGUUUUCUACUGGAACAUCUUGCUGGAAUAAUAGGCAAAUUGCAUUAUGGGACCAAAAUGACCUUUCUGUGCCUUUACUGGAGGAGGAUCUGGAUGGCUCCUCGGGACUACUGUUUCCUGUCUAUGACUCUGACACACACAUGCUUUAUGUGGUGGGAAAGGGUGAUGGAAACAUACGGUACUAUGAGAUAAGUCCUGAGAAACCAUACCUGAACUACCUGAUGGAAUAUCGUUCUCCCUUACCGCAGAAGGGAAUUGGAACGAUGCCAAAGAGAGGUCUUGAUGUGGCAGCUUGUGAAGUUUUCCGUUUCUACAAACUGAUUCCGACUAAAAGCCUUAUUGAGCCCAUCUCUAUGAUUGUGCCUCGACGGUCGGAAUCAUACCAGGAAGAUAUCUACCCCUGGACUGCAGCAGCCCAACCAGCAUUGACAGCACAAGAAUGGCUCAGCGGAAUUAACAAAGGGCCUCUCUUGGUAUCCUUAAGACCAGGCUCUGAAGCUGUGAACCCUGUACCACAGUUUCUUGAGCCAGAGCCACUCAUCAAAGCUACUGACUUGAGCCAGCAACAGGGAGGGGGAGGAAGAUUGUCAAUGGAGGACAAGCAGAAGCCAAGAGAGAAUGAAGAUGGCAGAAAAAGGCUGAAAGUGGAGGAGAAACUGCCAAAAAAUGAGCAAAUGUGCCUCUCCAAUGGCUUUGGCAUAUUUGAGUGUCCACCACCAAAAACUGAAAAUGAGCUUUUACAGAUGUAUUACCGGCAACAGGAAGAAAUCCGUCGACUACGUGAGUUGGUAAUCCAGAGAGAUGUCCAAAUUAAACAGCUAGAGCUGGAGCUCAGAAACCUCAGCAUGGACACAGGCAAUUACUGAGGUUGCUGGCCUUUGUACUCCUGGACACAGGGAGUGACUGCAGAUUACUCCUCCUGGGUUUUUUACUGGGGGUAAAAUUGAUAUUUCAGGCAGCAUGGACGUCCCUGGCUUGUGGUGGUCACAUUUCCCUAAUCAUCACCAGACAGUUUUUGAUGGAUUUGCUGCGCUUCUUCAGGCUCCCCUUGCUUGCCUGCUCACCAGUGUCAGAAGCUUGUGUGUUAAUGCUAGUGAGAGACUUUGGAAAAUCUUGCUCUUCUGGUCCUGGAGAAACUAAAUGUUAAGCUCUAGGAACAACCUGUUUUGCUGCCCCUCCACACGACAGGAGAAUGGGAGACUGAAAGCAGCUGCCAGCUUCUCUUCUCACCUUAGAGCCCAGCAAUGUGGCUCCUGUGGCUGCCAUCCCUUUGCCCAGGGAGUCCACCCUGCUGAGCUUCAGAGGCACCUCCAGCUCCACAGUGGUCCCCAUGCACGGCUCUCACCUCACAGCUUGGCCCUGCCCCCAGGGCGUUCAGGAAAGCUGUGGCUGCCCUGACCUGGUGCUGGGGAUAGUCCCGCUCCGAGUGGGAGGCUGCACUGGGGGUGCCAAGGGCCGGCACUUUCGCCAUAGGAAAAGGAGAGUCAGUGUUGGAGGUCCUACUUUGGAAAGCUGAUGACGUGGGCUAGUUCUCACCAGAGGAGCUGAGGAGUCUCUGUGUCCUGUGAGUCAGUGGCCUUCUUUCCCUCUUUCUGCCAAAGACCAGCUGCAGUCAGCUGGGGGUCAUCAGAGGUAUGAGGAAGGACAGCAUUUAAAGCUGCACAGUGUUGGCAAUGGGGGAAUUUGCCAAGCGAGAUUAAAAGGAUGAGUGGGGAGUUGGACCCCCCAGCCCACUGCAGGCAUUUCAGCAAUGGUGCUAGAAGUGUUGUGUCAACCACAGUAAGAUCGCACGUCUGUGGCCAGCCAUGAACAGCCCUCCAGGGUUGCUGGAGUGUCACUUGUCCUUAGUGCCUGCAGCUGCUGCUUCCUUAGCUCCCAGGUGCCAGCACCUUGUCCCAUUCCUGCAGCCAUCUACAGAUGCAGGUUCCCUCUUGCCAGCCGUGUUGUCCAGCCCCCUGCAUCCUCCCAGGCUGCUCAGCCUUCCUCAGCUCUGUGACCACACUGAUCUGUGCCCUUCAGCACCAGCUCUCUGGCUUGAUGCUGGACCUUAUGGAGAUGUGUUAAACCCAGGCAGAGCAAGCAAGCACUGUUUAACCUGUAACUGUGCACCUCUAUUGUGGCACUGUCAUGGGUUAACACUGGCCAGAUGUUAGUGCACCCAUGAAUAUAUGUUUUUUCUCUAACAACUCCUGUGGGAUGUGAUCAGGAACAGAGCAGAGCAGGCUUAAACCUUGAAAACAAACAAAAAAACCCCACCAAAACUUUAUUAAUUACAUAAGAACAGGGACAGAAAUACUCUUAAACACACACAGAGACAGAAAUAAAAACUUCUUAGAACAUUUUCUUCUCCCAGUUUCUACCUCCCCACCCAUCACUCUUCACAGACCAACCCCUGGGUUUUAGAUCAAACCAUCACCACUCAAAAACAAACUAAUCUUCAAUUCAGCAAGGGAGAGAGGAGUCUCUCUCGCACCACAGACUGUUCCUCAGAAAACACGGGUCCACCCCUUAUGUGUUUCCAUGUCACCCAUAGCACCGCCCGGAGAAGUCUGCUAAGGUGGCACUCUCUUUUUCCUAUGUCCAGCGCUCUCACCGCUGUCUCAUAGGCCAAAACUACAUACAGGGCUUUUUAAGAAUGCUGCAUGCCAAGCUCUCCCCCUUUUCACCCAGGGGCCGGGGUUCCAGGAGCAGGUCUGCCCUGAGGGCAGAGGGUGCCACCUCACCCUCCCCCUCUCUUCUCUGCUCGCUACUCACUUCAAGUGCCAGUCACUGUAGCAAAAGCAAGGGGCAGCUGCAUCCACCCAAAAAUGCAGUUUAUGUUCAAAAGAGACUCAAGUUCAGUCCAUGGCUGACAUUAUGCAAGAAAAGUCCAGCUCCAAGGCUACUCCUCUCAUUCUUCCAUCGAAUUCCUUCCAAUCAUGCUUUAUCAUCUCGGUCCCAGGCCGCUUCCCUCUCUCCGAAAACCACCAGUCAUGAGAAUCAAUGUCUAAGAAAAGUUUCUUUCUGCCAAGCAAGGGUUAACAGUUUCUUCUCGGCAGGGUGCUGCAGACCAGGCUCGGCAACCCCCCACAUGGCUGAGCACCUUCUCUCGGAGUUUGGGGGGAGGAGGGGGAUGAGCACACACAGAAGGCACUUCCACAGUUUUCCACCCCUCCAUCCUGGAUGGGGCAGCUCAGUUCCAGUCCUGUCCCCUCUCUUCUUCCCCCCCCCUGGGGGGGCUCCGGCUUACCUGAGCCGACCACGUGUUUCCCCUCCCCCACCCAGCCUCGUGGCCAGGUGGGGGAAGGAGACUGGAGACGUCUCUCUGCUGACACCCGGAUCCGAAAAGAGGCCGAGCCCCUCAGACUCCUGCUUUUAACUCUUUGUGUCCUCAGAGGCGUGUCUAAAUCUCUGAGUGACCAAUCCAGGUGCCAGCAGAAAAGCUGAUUACUGAUUGGACUGCCCACAUCCCCCUGGAGAAAUUCACCUCCCCCCCCAACCACGACAGGCACGUAGAAAUCACAGAAUCAACUAGGUCUAGGGGAUAUGUCUAGGACACAUCCUUGUCACCAGAUGUGUUUUAUUGGCUGCAUUUUUUUGCUUAUUCAUACAAAAUAAAUUAUUUAAAUUAUUUCCAAAGUAAAGUAAUUUUUCCUGGGUAUUUUUACAUCCUCUUGAGGACUGUUUCUUUGUUAUUCUAUGACUUACUAGCAUAGAGAAUGGUUGGCCGCUAUGGUUCUUAUCCUAGGGUUGUGUUGAUUUCAGCAUUUAUGGAAAAGAAGGUGCUUUCAUUUAGGCUUUGGUGAGACGAUUUGAUCAAAAGCUCUUUUUUAGACAGUAUGCCUGUAAAAGCGUGGACUGUUAUGUGAAAUGUUAUUUAAAUUUGGAGCUUAACUGCAACCACUAAUCUUUCACAUGGAAAAAACCUUGAGGAAAUGGAGUUAUGCGUUCAUGAUCUAUGCCUAAAUAGUUUUGAGUGAUCAUUUUAACAGUUUCUAAAACUCCUAAAAGCUUUGUAAAAAAACUGUUAAACAUGGGGAUAAAAACCAAAUCUGUGCAAUGAAAAGCAAAUAUAACUGAAUAAUAAAUAUAUUUAGAGUUUUACUUUUUAAUACAUGCAAGAUUGUUGUUUUAUUAUUGUAUUGUUGAAGUGACUGAAUCUUAAGCUGAAUCAAGAUCUGAAGGGAGUGUCACCUACUGUCUCUUUCGCUUGCGUCAAGCUGUGGCCUUAUUUUAGUAGGUGGGUUGUACACAGUGUUAUGCAGAUGGCCCUGUCUUUUUAUAUCUUUUCCAGUUGCCCUUGAUGCUAUAAAGGGGCUGCUGUUUCAUGCUGUUCUGAAUUGCUGUGUGUGUUGCCUUGAGUAAACUCAGUCCUGCUGGAGAUGGAUUCUGCGUGGUAAGGUGGUUGCUGCUGUCUUGCAGUCCUGGCUCUUCUCUUGGGCAGUACACUCUGACUAGGCUCUUUUAGAUAUUCCACAUGAGGAGGGUUUAAUGUGUUAUUACCAAAUUUACUUAUUUGUAGAUGGGAUUUGGAUUUAGCAGGCUGAAGUAGCAUGGACAAUACAAGCACAAUAUAGCAGCUGCAACCUCCAGCUAGAUCACAAUACAAACGAAAUCCCCAUUAUGCUUACUGUCAUGAUGCCGGAUAUCUCCAAUCAUGGGGAAAAAAUUUGUGGGCUGAAGCCAGCUCAAGUCUGUAGCUCUCUUUAAAGCUCAUUUUGUUGUUUUUGUUUUGCUCUGAUUCCCAUGGGCAUGGUAGCUAUGCUGAAAAUCUGGACAACCAUUGCCUGUGCUCAUGUCCUUGGAGCUGUCCUCCACAGUAGUGGUUUGUUGAUCCAUUACAGCUUUGGUCAUGGAAAUGUUCAUGGCUGCAUUCAAGGUGUAAUUUUAAAUGUUUCUGUAGAAUAUUUUAGGCCAGUGUAAGGAGGAAAAAUGGUGGAAAUUGCUGGAGGAGGACUGUGCUGGGAAAUUUGUGCACCUGCCAUGUCAUCAGGACUCUGUGACCUCCUGGCCUCUUGGUCUUGUAAGGAAACUUGUGCUGGUGAGAGUGUGUGUGUGCAGGCACUGUGUCCCUCCUCAGGGGCUGAUACUGCUCUGAGCAAAGCCUUGAAAAAGGCAGCAGCAGGCAGAUUGGUGUGGGAGGCAGGGGAAGAGCCUGCAGCGCCUUUGCAGCUCUGGUGUUAUGGCUGCUUAACCUCAAAGAGAGAGUAAAACACAGCCCUGCAGUGUUAGCUUGCCUGCUGGAUUUAGAGCCACACUUAACAUCUUCGUGCUCUAUUCCAGGCCAGCUGCCAACUGCAGACUAAAACCUAGACAAUAGCUGUCUUUCUCAUUUUAUUUUUCAUCUCUGAAGCUGUACCCUUGGUGUGCUCAAGGAGCUGCGAGCAGAGGAGAGCAUGGAGAUGAUGCCCCCUCAUUUGCCCUGCAGUGGGAAGCAGCAGAUGACUCUUGUUGAUCUUGGGCUGGGUAGCAUCCCUCCCUAGCAUAGGGGAUGGCUGUGAGCUGCAGGGGGGCACUGAAGUGAAGUUGCAGUAUCAGGAAUUGCUUCUUGGACAUGCUACAGCACCAUUUCAGAGCAGAAUCUCUGAGCUUUUGCUGGUGCCACUGCAGUCUGUCUACAACUUGUCUGUGCUGGGUAGCCCAGGACUGGACUUGGCACUCCUCACAUGGCCUCACCAGCACUGAGGGUAGAGGAAGGACAAAUUCCCUUGAGCCGCUCUUAAUGUACUUCUAAAUACAGCUGAGGAUAGGGUUGGUCAUUUUUGCAGGAAGCCAGUGCUGCUGGUUCAAACUCAGCUUACUGUCCAGCAGGACCUCACAGAAUUUCUCUGCAAAACUGCCUGUCAGCCUCACAAGUCCCCAGCAUGUCCCAGUGCAUGGAGGUACUCCUCAGCUGCAGGAUGGUGCAAUUACCACUGCUGUGCUUUAUCACAUUCCUCCUUGCCCGGCUCUACAUUUCUCCUUUUGAGGUUCCCCCAAAGUGCAGUAGAGCUGGCUGUUGUACCUUUCAUCCCUUCCACUUUUAUAUGCUCUCUAAACUUGUUUGAGUCUGCACUGUCCCAGCGUGCAGGUACUAAGGGAGAUGUUCAAUAGCUUUGGAUUUGUUUUGUAAACAGUUUUUGGUUUUCAGCUCAGAAAUCCAGGCUGACUACUCCUGAGCACCUUCUGAUUCUUCAUGCUGUUGAAAAUGUUCUCCAGGAAGAUUUUCUCCAAUAUCUUCCAAAGGAUUGCAUGAGGUUGUAGUUGAUUCAUCUUAUUCCUCACACGAUUAGAAGGCAGGGCUAAGAGUCAGUCAUUUGCAACUUUUCCCACUCACCUCCACCUUUCAAAGAUUACUGAGAGUGACCUUCCAAUGCCACUGGGCUUUACCUGCCUCACCACACUUGGGUCAAACCCAUCUGGCUCCACAAACCCAUGUACCUACAGGGUGUUGAAGUAUACCUUAAACUGGUCCUCCUUAUUUUGACCCUCCCUAAUCUGGUAUACAGCAGGUAUCUACUUAUCUACCUCAACAAUAUCUGUUUUUCUCUGCUACCUUUCCCUCUCUUUCGAACCUGGUUUUGUUCUUUGGAUUGUCACCAUGGCUGCUGUGCUUGUGGAGAUCAGAAGUCUGCUGUGAACAUCAGCUGUGCAUCCAGUGGUCCAUGCAGUUUCUGCUGAGCCCUCUUUGGGCACAAUGGAGAAAGCCACUUGGGUGUCCGUGCUCCUCAGCAGUGCCCCUCAAGCCUGCUAGUUACACGUGAUGAUCCUCAGGUCACCCCUGGUGGUGUCUUUGGUACACACAUGAAAAGCCACCACUGUGUAGUAGAAAGGUAGAUAAAUAAGCCUAGGUAGCCUCUGCACAACAUUCUCAACGAGAGCCCCACACAAGCAGCAAACCUCCCUAAAUGAUAAAUCUGAUCAACAGAUAUAGGGCUUCUGACCCUUGUAGUGGACAGCAGAGUCCUCUAUCACUUGUCACUUCCUUCUAGUUGUUUUAAGUGGCUCACAUGCACCUAGGAAACCCUUUUCAGUUGGUCCUCAAAAGACUGGGACUGAGACUACAUUCUUAGAGCUACCACGCUUAAAAUUCUGCACCUCUGAGCUACUGGCAAUUGCUGCUUCUGUCAGCAAGGUAAUCUCUUCUGAGUAAGAUCUUUGUGCAGAAUUAGAGGAAAAAGGCUUCUGAGUUAGUUUUCUGUGUCACAGCAUGGCAAACAUUGAGCCCAGUUCUCUCCAAAUCCUUGUCUGUGAAAAAAUGAUGCACAAUAAUCUGUUUAAGGAAGUUUUUAAAAUGAAUGCAUACAUAAAUGAAGAUUUUUUAAUUUGAUUUUCUCUCAUCUAGUUUUUGCAUGUUUUAUUUUCAGUAUAAAUUGGCACGUCAGAUAACUCUGAUCCAACCAAAACCACCCCUAGGUAUUCUCAGGGAAAGGGACUUAAUAGCAGAAAGUUAUCUGUGUUUUUUGUCUUUUCCAGUGCUUAGCCAUGAGAUAUAGAUAGCAUAUGUGAGGGACGUUAGAAGUGGAUAGAGGCAGCAUAAUUUUAUUUCGUUUAACAGUUGAGAGCUUGGGCCUUCAUCUGCUUUGAAUGUUGCCUCAUAUGCUUCCCUCUGUAUUAGGACUUCUGAUGACAAAACUCACCUGCUUUGUGUUGGAUUUGAUGCUUUAUGUUUUCACCGUCUUGACUCAUGUGGGUAUAUUUGAUCAGACCUUGAAAGAUCUAUGGAAAAUACCAUCAAUACCUUACCUCAGCUUCAGGUCUAUGUGUUUUACAUGCCAAAGUUAAAUCUUUGCACUCAUUCCAUAUCUCUGCAGGACUUGAUGUGGACAAAUUUGAGCAAGGAACAAAAAAUUCUGGUGAGUAAACCUGAGGGGUAGUCUGUAUGGUAGAAUCACUUAAAAGUGAAGGUAGUGUGUUUUGAAUCAAACCUUACUUCCUACUGAUAUCCUUUACAGAACACAUCAGCUUCUUUGACUUAAUGCAAUCUGGAAAGCUUAAUUUCCAGGUCAGUUAUCAGUGUAUCUGAUUGUGAUGCAAAAUGUUUAGGUACAAUUUUUUUUUGUCAGGGCCUGGCAAAUGGAUUCUUCAAUUUUCACAAAGAUGUUCCUACAGAUUUUUUUCAUGUGAGUUUACCUGAGCCUUUUACAAAAAGUAUGUUUAAUAUGUCCAUUGUGAUUUAUUUGUGAGGCAGCUUCUUUGGGAAGAUUUAAAGGAAAUUCUGCUCAAGCACUAUUUUCAUGAAACAAGGGCGCAAGAUGCUUUGACCCAGCUGGAAAAGUGGUAGAAUUAGCAGCAUUUACAGCAAGGUGCAAAAUAAGGAACUGAUUUUACUUUCUUUUGCUGCUGAAAGUAAAUAGAUUCAAGGGAGGUAAGUGUGUUCCUAAGGCUCAGACACUGUAAUAUGAAGUGUGUCACAUUUUUCUACACCCAUAAAUUUUGUCUGCUCAUAAACCCACAAUUGCUUUUGCUGGUGGUAAAGUUAAAAGUGCAAUCGUAUUCAAGCCAAAUACAUGUUUAGGGAAGGGAAGCACACUGAAAAAGUGAGAGGCAAAUGAGAAUCCUUGCCUUUUGUCUGAGAGGAGUGGUGAAAAAGUAUAUCGUUGGUAUUUCACAGAAUAUUUUGAGUUGAAAGGGACUCACAAGGAUCUCUGAGUCCAGCUCUUAAGUGUAUGGCCCAUCUGGGCACCCUUUUUUAGGGCCAAAGAAGUGAAUCAUAGCAGUUCAUACUCAGGUUCUUACAGUGCUUUUGUGCCUGACCCUUAUGCCCAGAGGUUGUAACAAUUCUUUAGCAAGCCUCUGGAAGUAGGAAAAAAAAAGGCUUGAAAAAAAAAUUAGUUUUGGAUCAUCACAAAGACACAAUGAAAAUCAGAUGCAAACAGUGGAAGUAUAUAGAAAGAAAAAACCUUAUUUUAGUUCAAGUAAUCACUAGAAGGGAGCGAAUCACUGUGUACAUAAUUCAUGAAAGCAUGGUUCAUCUUGUAGCGAUGGAACAGGCGUCUGAGAUCCUUUCAUGAAAAGACCAUACAAAUAAACACCUGGCUCAAAACACGUGCUUCUCUCUGCAUUGGAAGGCAAAUGUAGCAGGCUUGUUUGGCUACUCAUUUGAAUUCAAUGCUAGAAAGGAGCAGGUCAGUAUACCAAAUAUUAAGCCCUUUCAACUACCUAAAGAUGACCAUGUUGCUAGAGAAGAUGUUCCUCCCACAGGACCAUUUUAGCUUCAGGCUCCUUUGUAUGUGUGGAGAGAAGUUUUUACUAUUUAUUAUCACAACAGCAAGUAUUGGGUUACUAAUUAUGGGAGUAUGUGGCUCUUGAAACAGUAUCUUUUAGACAACAGAGAAGAAAGGCCAUCACCAGGUUCUCUGGUGAAGUUCACUAUGGGUUUUUUGCAGUGCAACGAAUUGGGUACUGAAGAAAUGGAAAUUAAGUGUACCAGUCUUUUCUGCCUGUUUUAACUGUAUGCCCAGGCUCUGGGCAAGUUUUCUAAUCCAGCAGGACUACUCAAUGUUCACAGAUCUCUGAAUAAAUUUCCUGAUAGUUAACACAGACUGAUCUUCUGUAUUACAUCCCUAGAAAUGGACUUGGGAGUUACACCUUUCACACUCCCCACCUCCAUGUGAGCCUCUGCAGAGUCUCAUCCCUUUCAGGGGUGUCUUGUUGCAAAGAGAGGGUGCUUUGAACAACUUUUGUCCAGGGAUAUUUUGGUCAAGAGUAACAGUUGCCAUGGUUCAAAUACAGGUCCUGUCCUGCAGAGACCAUCAGAUUUUUUCCCAGCUUCUCCUUGCCAGACAGGGCAAGAGUCAUUGUAAUCUGUGAAGCAAGACUUGUAGUGUGAACUUGAAAGUGUUGUUCCGGAGAGUUUGGUACCCUUUGCUCAUAAGAUUGACUCUGUAGCUGCUGUUUGUCUCCAGCUGCAGGUAGCGGAGAGUGUUUCACUCUUUAUAUACUGGUACUUUGCUGCACUGGGCUGCUUUUCACACAAAAACCCUUGUGAGAGAGCAAAAGUUAGUUUUAGGUGCUUGUGCCUCUUCAGAAAUUUGCUUCCUAAUGCUUUGUUCAAGGUGGGGAUGACAAUUGGUGUCUUUGAAGGCAAAGUUUUGUUCUGUGAAUCUGGGGCCUUGAGGUUUUUUUGCCUUACUUCCUCUAUCCAUUGUCUCUUCUUUCAGUGGGUGGUUACUUUUUAAAAAUUUAGUAUGUAGCUGAUCUUUGGUUAUGUAAUCAAUGCUCUGGUCCAAAAGCACAAGACCUUGAAUUAAAGACUUGUUUCAAAUAAAUUCCUCCUUCCAGA